CCCGCAGCGCGCACCUUCCGCGGCGGUGGUGCUGGCAGGGCGGGAUGGUGCUCGGCGGCGUGGGAAGAAGGCUCCGCCGCGGCGGCAGCGGGCUGUGGAGGAGCCCGUUUGGCCCCGCAGCCGCCGGCGGCAGCGCCUGGCCGCGCUGCUGCCCCGCAGCCCUGCGCGCCGCCUCCGCCUCCCCCUCCGCGGCUGCGGGCGGCGGGGCGCGGGGCGGGGGCGCGACCCGGGCAGGUGUUAAUAAUGUAAAGCCAUUGGAUGGUGUGAAAAUUCUUGAUUUAACAAGGGUGCUCGCAGGGCCCUUUGCCACAAUGAAUUUAGGAGAUCUAGGGGCUGAAGUUAUCAAAGUGGAAAGACCAGGAGCUGGUGAUGAUACAAGAGCCUGGGGCCCACCUUUUGCUGGAACAGAAAGUGUUUAUUUUCUUAGUGUCAAUAGAAAUAAAAAGAGUAUAGCUGUCAACAUGAAGGAUUCAAAAGGAGUAAAGCUAAUCAGAGAGCUUGCAGCAGUGUCUGAUGUUUUUGUGGAAAACUACGUCCCUGGGAAACUGGCUGAAAUGGGUCUAGGUUAUGAAGACAUUAAAGAGAUUGCUCCUCACAUAGUGUACUGUUCAAUAACAGGUUAUGGUCAGACUGGUCCAAUGGUUCAGAGAGCUGGAUACGACUCCAUUGCAGCUGCUAUUUCUGGUCUCAUGCAUAUCACAGGGCAUGAGGAUGGUGAGCCAGUUAGACCAGGAGUAGCCAUGACAGACCUUGCUACUGGGUUGUAUACAUAUGGAGCAAUUAUGGCUGGUUUACUUCAGAGAUACAAGACAGGGAGAGGACUGCACAUUGACUGCAAUCUCUUGUCAUCUCAGGUUGCAUGUCUCACUCAUGUAGCAGCUAAUUACCUUAAUUUCAAAAUUGAAGCAAAACGCUGGGGUACUGCUCAUGGAAGCAUUGUUCCAUAUCAGGCUUUUAAGACCAAGGAUGGCUACAUUGUGGUGGGAGCUGGAACUGACAACCAGUUUGUCACUGUGUGCAAGAUCCUGAAUUUGCCUGAAGUUAGUAAGGAUUCCAGAUACAAAACUAAUACACUCAGAGUUCAGAACAGAAAAGAACUUACUGAGAUAUUGUCAACCCGGUUUUCAGAAAAAGCAACAACUGAAUGGUUGCAGCUCUUUGAAGGUAGUGGGGUUCCAUAUGGCCCAAUCAACAAUAUGCAGCAAGUAUUCUCGGAUCCUCAGGUGCUGCACAAUGGACUUGUGAUGGAAAUGAAUCAUCCAACAGCUGGGAGGAUAGCUGUUCCAGGACCAGGUGUCAGAUACAGUGAAUUUGCUGUGUCUCAUCCCAAGCCACCUCCUCUUGUUGGACAGCAUACAGUGGAGAUACUGAAGGGCAUGCUGGGGUAUGAGGAUGAUGCCAUAGAAGAACUGCUCCGCACUGGUGCUGUGUCUCAGCAUGAGGUCAGAUAAGGAACAUUAGCUACAUUCCUUCACACUGAGUUCACAUUACUUUGUCCUCUCUUUACUCCCUUCAGCUCCCCUAAUGGGACUCCAAGAGAAGACAUAAUGUAAUUCCUAAUUUUCUUCCAUGUGUGUUUGUAUGAUUUUAACUCUGAUGUAUCAAAUAAACAAUCUCAUAGUGCCUAAGUGAAAGAUUUUCUUGGAGGGGGUGGUGGUAAAUGUAAUUAUACAGUCCUGUGUGGCUAUUCAUUUUCUGUACUUCAUAUGGGAAAUGGAGUUCUUAUAAUAAUUACAGUAAUUGCCUAAAUGUUUGUCCCCAGAAGGACAUAAUGUUAGUGAAAAGAAGCAGAACCUUAAAAAGCUGUAUACUAGACUCCCGAUUUACAGAAAGCUGUUCUGUACGAUUAUUUUAGUAGGAAAUAAAUUGUUUACAAAGCA